AUGAGGAAAUCCGUACCGGUCAAGGUGAACUGGGUCGGAAGGUGUGAGGUUCGUACCGGUCAUGGAGAGCUGGGUCGGAGGCAGAAGAGCUGUGCAGUUUGGCGCAGGUGCACGGUCAAGUCACACCCUUCACCUGACACUCCCAUUGAAUCAGAGGGUCCGGUGAGGCACAUGCUUCAAGCACUGCUGGGGGCCUUCAGUGGAGCAGUCCUGUUUCUAGGAGUCUCCCACAACCUGCCCCUGAACCUAACACUGAAGCUGACAGUAGGAGCCGUCUUCACUGGCUUGUGUGCUGUGGGCGGGGCCUGCUCGUCCUUUGUCCGGUGUUCUCUCCUACUCACAUUUCCCAUGAUGCUCGGCUCCAGGGGCAGAGCUUAUAUCCUACUGCUUCUACUGUCCCUCCUCUAUUCAGGCCCGGUUCAUAACAUGCAGGUGAACUUGGAGGCGUGUGCUCUCAGUCUCACCUGUAAUUUGGACCUUCAGGUGAACAACAGCCGUGUUCUGUGGAGGCAGGCCGUGGUGCCCUUCAUCAGCAUCUCUCAGGAGCUCAUGGGCAGCACCGCAGACAUGGAGGAAGAGUCUUUGAACGUGAGCAGGACUUUCCACACUUUCAGACAGGAAGUGAUGCGUCAGUACGCCAAGCCGUUAGCCGACUCUAAUGACACACAGCAGCAGCUCACUAGAAGUACCAUGGUGCAUUGCAACGGUGUGGUCCAGCAGGCAGUGCAGCGCUGCUCUGAUUGGUUCAGUCUGAAGUGGAUAGAGUGCAUGUCAACGGUCUCAGUCCCGAUCCUGAACCACCUCCUGUGUGUCCCUAUGAAGUUUGGCUUCCUCUGCGACAUCUUCCGCGUGAUGUCGUCCUGGUGUGCUGAGAGCCUCCCGGUGGAGGGGAACACAGGUCACCUCUGGGACCAGCUGAACCGGUCCAUGGCCCAGUUUCAGAAGGAAUUCAGUGCCAGUAUGGUCCUGGAGGAGGAGCAGCACCAGGCUGUGGAUGGACUGAUUCUGGACCAGGUCUUCACAGACUCGGUUAGGGACUCACUCCUCAGACUCAGAUCUGGGUCUGAGCUCCUGAUGAAGGUUCUACAGUCCAUCAAAUCCCUCACCUUCAUCACCAUCAUCCUCCAAGCUGUGGGGUACCUGGUGCAGUACAGGAGGGACCUUCGCUUCGAUAACGUUUACAUCACACACAAUUUCAGACACAUCGACACGCGAAGGAAGACUCAGGGAAAGCACAGCGUUCUUCCUCUGUCCAAACUCGACCGGAGCCACUUCAUCCAGCCUUGCAGUUUAAGGAUCCAUCCCGAGGAGGCACCACCACUGUUCUCUGGUCUGGUUCAGACGGUCUCAGUCGGACUUCUGACACUGGUUCUGGUUGGUCUGGAUCUGGUUCUGGUCCAUGUUCUGCAGAUCGUGAGCCGGAACACCGUUACACAGUUCAACAUCACAGGUGUCCAGCAGGUGGACCUGAGAGUGGGCGGGGAUUCUAUCAUGGCCCGCCUUCUCAAGAAGACUGUUUCUGCCUUCAACCGCUCUGCCCACUUUGACAUCGACAUCAGCAACAGAGCAUGCUCGGUGGCACCCUCUCUCCUUCCGCCCUCUGUGUACUUGAGCUGUGCCGCCUGUGUCCUGAUGGUGGCGCUCUGCAGCCUCCUCCACAUCUACAGCAGCCGCCUGAGAAGAACCAUCUGUGCCUCCUACUACCCCCAGAGAGAGAAGAGAAGAGUUCUUUUUCUGUAUAACCUGCUGCUACAGAGAAACAGGAAGUGCUCGGGUUCAGACAUGAAGUGCUUGGGUUCAGACAGGAAGUGCUCGAGUUUAGACAGGAACUGCUUCACAGGCCACUGGAACACAGUACGAAUGCAUAUAAUCCCAAUGUUUAAUGUGUUGAAAUGGCUCUGA